UAAAACACUAAAUGGGUGGGUGGAUCUAAGUAGCAUCGAGGUCUCUGGGCAGAAGGAGCUCUUAGAGAUGUGAGCCUGGUAGCCCUGCAACACCCCGCAACAAAUCCAACUUGAGUAGGUGGCGCAAAGAAAUCUAAGACCCAGAUUCACGUUCUUCCUCAUCAGUUUGCGCGUGGGGGUCGGUGGCAGAGGAGAGCCAGUGCACAACUGCCAGUCCUGGGCUGCAAACUGCCUUUAGUCGGUUCGUCCAAGGAAACUCUCCCCUAAUGUAAAUUAAUUUACCCCAAGGUUGCGUUCACCUUGGCGGAGAGGCGUUUCCGGGCCGCUUCACCCAGGGGUUGUUUGGUAAAUAAGGAUGUUCACGAAGUGCCUGCAUUUGGAAAGGCGCUGGCCUGCGGCGCGCAUUCCCGUGCCCCAGCCCGGGGCCAGGUGGCGGGGACGAGGGCUCUGGUUUUACCCACAGAAGAGUGAGAAGGACCAGACGGGUGGAGGCUCCUCCUCCAGGGAUGCUGGAGGGACUGCGUCGUUCCCUGCGCCUCGCCCUGGCGCGGGGCCCCCGGCGGUGGCAGCCCGCGCCGCGCAGUCAGUGCGCGGGGUCUUGGCCGCGCCGCCUGCUUUCGCGUCCAGCCGCGCGCCGCGUGCCGCCGCCGCUCUCCGCAGCCCCGCGCUCCCGGAGCCUCCCCAUGGCCAGCCCGACCCGUGCCGCUGCGGCCCUCGCCCGCCAGGACUGCAAUAACGGAUGCUCCCCAGAAUGUACAGGAGAAGCGGGAUCAAAGGAGGUGGUGGGGACGUUCAAGGCUAAAGAUCUAAUGAUCACACCAGCCACCAUUUUAAAGGAAAAACCAGACCCCAGCAGUCUGGUUUUUGGAACUGUUUUCACGGAUCACAUGUUGACGGUGGAGUGGUCCUCAGAGUUUGGAUGGGAGAAACCGUGUAUCAGGCCUCUUCAAAACCUGUCAUUGCACCCUGGCUCAUCAGCUUUCCACUACGCAGUGGAAUUGUUUGAGGGAUUGAAGGCAUUUCGAGGAGUAGAUAAUAAGAUUCGACUGUUUCGGCCAAACCUCAACAUGGAUAGAAUGCACCGAUCUGCUGUGAGGGCCACUUUGCCGGUAUUUGACAAGGAAGAGCUUUUAGAGUGUAUUGAACAGCUUGUGAAAUUGGAUCAAGAAUGGGUCCCCUAUUCAACAUCUGCUAGUCUGUAUAUUCGUCCUACAUUCAUCGGAACUGAGCCUUCUCUUGGAGUCAAGAAGCCUACCAAAGCCCUGCUCUUUGUAAUCUUGAGCCCAGUGGGACCUUAUUUUUCAAGUGGAACCUUUAAGCCAGUGUCCCUGUGGGCCAAUCCAAAGUACGUGAGAGCCUGGAAAGGUGGGACUGGGGACUGCAAGAUGGGAGGGAAUUACGGCUCAUCACUUUUUGCCCAAUGCGAAGCAGCAGACCAUGGCUGUCAGCAGGUUCUGUGGCUCUAUGGAGAGGAUAAUCAGAUAACCGAAGUUGGAACUAUGAAUCUUUUUCUUUACUGGAUAAAUGAAGAUGGAGAAGAAGAGCUGGCAACUCCUCCGCUAGAUGGCAUCAUUCUUCCAGGAGUGACAAGGCAGAGCAUCCUGGACCUGGCACACAAGUGGGGUGAAUUUAAGGUGUCGGAGAGGUACCUCACCAUGUAUGACUUGACAACAGCCCUUGAGGGGAACCGGGUGAGGGAGAUGUUUGGCUCUGGUACAGCCUGCGUUGUUUGCCCAGUUUCUGAUAUACUGUACAAGGGUGAGACUAUACACAUCCCAACUAUGGAGAAUGGUCCGAAGCUUGCAAGUCGGAUCUUGGACAAAUUGACUGAUAUUCAGUAUGGAAAAGAAGAGAGCGACUGGACAAUCAUAGUGUCCUGAAUGGAAAAUACAGGAUAUCACCUGUGUGCUGUUGAGACAGACCGUUGCGGUUGAAUUAUGAUAGAUUUCUUUGGCUACCUGUUUUUAGUUGUGCAUAAUGUAGUUUGUAUUAUCAGUGUUACUGGGGUGAUUGUUUCUUCAUGCCAGAGAAAAUGAAUUGUAAUCAAGUGCUAUUUUGUAAACUUGGUAGUAGAAGCUUACUUUACCUUCUCUUGGAAAGAUGAUCAUGUAAGCCAUAUAGCAUAGAAUUUUCCUCAAUAAUCUUAGUGCCUCCCUUAAUACUUUACUCAGAUACAGAAGUGUUUGUUUAUUCCUUAGCUUAAGUUAUAGUCUCCUCAACCAAAUGAGUUUGUGUUUGAAAACUGAUCUGGGUAAAUUUCAUAGGUAACAUUUCCUGUGAUGUACCUUCAUCUUCAGAAAAUGGUUGGAUUUUGUUUGUUUUUUUAUAAUUAAGCCUUUCAAAAACUGGUUUUCUUCCCUUCACAUUUUUUUUUUGCAGCCCCCCCCAUGUCCAUCUUAAGGUAAAUCUCUCCCCUUCUUCCUGUUGUUGUCACAGCCUGCUCCAAGUUCUCCUUGUGCAUCAGCAAGACCUGUGCACAUUUCCACCAUUGUCCUUUCUGCAGUGUAUUGUAUUUGGCUGUUUGUCAGGCCCUAAUACAAGACUGAAGGUCUUGUGCCUUAGACAUCUUUGUAGCCCCCUGACUGGCACAUAAGAGAUACUCAUUAAAUAAUGAAUGAUCGAUCAUUUAGCUUCUAUAGAAGUGUACCACCUUUGUUUCUAUAUUAUGAAACCUCUUUAUUAGAAUUUGUGGUUGAUUCUGACAUUGUGCACAUGUACCUCAUAUUGUCUUAAUUUUCCAGGGACUGCUAAGUCAUUAGAGAUACUCAAAGGCAUAGCUUGUUGGAGGGAUUAUUUUGUAUUUAAAGACCGUCUUGGAAUUGAAAUAACGGCUCUAGUGAGGUCGUGAUAUCAUACCAACCAAAUGGAAAUGACAUUUGUUAAGUGUUAAAUACAAAAUAAAUCCUCAUAUCUAGCUUUUUGGUAGAAAGCAAAGGGGUAUACUUUGCUUUUGUAGGUGUUCAUUUCUUUUGAAUGUGGAUUGGAUGAUCACGUGGUUAGGAUACAGGGAGAGCAAUUCUAGAUGUUAUUUUCCUCAUUUAGGAGCUGUGAGUUAAAAUUGAAUCCUGGUUUAUCUAGGGGAAAGUCAGAUCUUGCUAGAAAACAUUUACCCUUGGAAGGUCAACUCUCAGACAUUAUAUUUUGGUUUCCCUCAGUUCUAAUAACUUUCAUCUUGCUGAUCAUAUUUCAUUCUCUUUUCAGAGCAAGGAAAAAAAUUUCUAAAAGUUUGAUGUGUUAGAAAAAUUUCCUUAAGGCAUUUAGCAGCACAUAGCAAAUGGGGCUUUGAUUCUUUUCCAAGACUUUUGACCAUAGGGUCCUUUUAGAUAGGGAUGGUAAAAUGAAAAUUAGGGAAGUAUAAGAUGAAAAGGAAUAGUAAAAAUAUCUCUUAGGGGGCUUUUAAUUGGUGAUCUGAAGUCUUGGAAGAGUCUGUUCUUUUCAGGCCUCAAGUACUUUAACUGUCCUCUACACACAUUCACCAAGUAGUAUUCUAAGGGUGUGCAUUUGCCUUGGCUAAAUCCCGUGACCUCGUUUUUAAUAUAGUAGUCUAGAAAAGACUUAAAGGUAAUUCCAAUCUGUCAAGUAGCACUUAAUAACUAGACUCACAUUUCUAUGAGAAACGGAAAUCAUUUGUUUGCCAUAAAUACAUUUUAUACUUUGCAUCUCUAAAUUUAGUAUGGCAACACAUGUCCGUUGUAGAAGUUAGAGAACAAUAUGUCUUGACAUUAUGUCUCUAUGAUUUCUUUGAUCAAAUCUUAAGAGCAUUUUAAGCCCUUUCUACCAGAUGGAGUGAAAACUAAGGAUAUACAUUUUAAAAAACUGGAGGUCUCCUAAAACAGAGAACACAAUCUGCCAUUCUCUUUUAAGUAAUAAGACAGAAAAUUGACCUUGACACUAACUUGUUAAAUAGAUUUAAAAGGAACAUCUGCACAUCUUUUUUCCUUGUGCACUAUUUGUUUAAUUGCAGUGGAUUAAUACAGCAAGAGUGACACAUUAUAACUAGGCAAUUAUCCAUUCUUCAAGACUUAGUUAUCCUAACACUAAUUGAUCAUUUAUGGCGUAAGAUAGUCUAGCAUUAGGAACAUGUGAGGCUAAUCUGCUCAAAAGGAUCAACAAAUUAAUAUUGUUGCUGAUAUUUGCAUAAUUGGCUGCAAUUAUUUAAUGUUUAAUUGGGUUGAUCAAAUGAGAUUCAACAAUUCACAUGUGCAUGAAUAUAAACAGAACUGGUGGCACUUAGAAUGAUAAUGAUUAACUUAUUUUGCAUGUUCUCUUCCUCCCACUUUUUUUUUCAGUUUUUACAUUUCAGACCAAGUUUGUCAGCUUUUUCCUAAACACAUGGGUAGAAACCAGGAUUUUUAAAAUCAAGUGUUCAGACAUAAACAAAACUUGGGCAUUUCCUAAAGAUAUUGGCUAUUAGAAAUUUUCUCGGUUACAGUCAUUUAUUAAGGAUUCCAUUCAUGAUGUCCCAAAAGAAGCAUCAGCUGCAGGAGUGUACAGCAUAUUCUCUAGGACCUGCAACUGGCAGGAAUGAAUACACUAAUACCUGUUUUUACCUUUGCUUUCAAAAGUACAAAGGAAGA